CUGCAUUUCUACAUUGUGUGCGCCGAAUCCCUCAAGAGCUUCUUGAGCAUUGCACUAUCGAAUCCCCUCCUACCCUAGCUUGGCAUCACAUAUGGACCCUAUGUCUAAACUCGUAGUUUUCACCGGAGGCACGGCUGGAUUAGGCCUUGCAGCUCUGGGGAAACUCAUUGAAAACGCCCCGACAAAUUUUGAAGCCACUCCUCGGUUCAACUAUGAAGUAUACAUCGGUGCACGAUCGACUUCCGACGGAGCGUUACAAGCUCAUUUUGAGGGUGUUCGGCAAUCAUCACCGUCGCCACUCGAGGUUAAGGCACAUUUGCUGCCACUUGACCUAGCUUCGCUCGACUCUAUCGAACGCUUUGCGCAAGAUGUCUUGUCGAAUAUCGUCAAACCUAACAAGAAGAUUGAUAUUCUGGUGCUGAACGCUGGGAUUGUCGUACGCAACGUUCGAAAGACCGUCAAACUUCCAGACAACAGAGAAUUCGAGAGCACCCUUUUCGUCAACACGCUUAGUCAGGCUGUUCUAUUGAAGCGUUUGUUGCACGUAAUGGCGGAUGAUGGGCGCAUCGUACUGGUGGGUUCGGAGAAACACAAAGUGCCUGCGAAAACGGUCGUGGCACCCUCCACAAUCGAGGACCUACUCUCAGGGGGCAAAUGGGAAGGACGAAACGCCUACGGUCUAUCGAAGCUCGUCCAAAUGCAUCUAUUCUUUAUUUUGAAGGAUGAAAUCAAUCGUCGCUGGCCUUCUGAGGGGAACAAGCCCUCUGUGGUGGCAAUCUCUCCUGGCUUCGUUCCUGAGACCAAGUUGGCACGAGAGUGGCCAUGGAUCCUGCAGCUAAUCGGGAGGUAUGUUUUGACCCUAUUCCCAUUCACUACCCCGUUACCCGUUGCCGCCAACACUAUUCUCCGUGGUAUGGUUGAUACCACGUUGUCGUCAGGCACGUAUCUGGGUAGGACAGGCGCCAUUGCUCCUCUGGAAGAGUGCAACGACCCAACUAAACGUGAUGAAUGGCGGUCAUGGUUUGUUGAGCUCGGCUUCUGGAAAACUGGGGCAGACGUGAAUUGACAUAUACAAUGAUGGGUGAGACAUUAUUAAGGGUCAGCUAGUACAUGGGGAACAAUCGAGGCGCAUUCGGAGGAUUCCAAUGUGAUCAAGCGGAUUCGUUUCUCUUACUUGAGCCUCCUCCCUCUCUGUUCCUUGGCAUAAAAUUUCUGGUAUCCAAUAUAAAUGGAAAGGAGGACCAGUA